CCGGGAGGUGACGCCACUCCUCACCUCGCCGCUAUUUAAGCAGCAAAAGAUUUGGAGAGCAAGUAUGUAAGCCACACUCAUCUACAACACUGCACACUUCACUAGCCGAAUCACAAUAAUGGAUCCCACCAAGUUCCGUCCGUCGAGCAGCCACGACACGACGGUGACGACGACGAACGCCGGAGCGCCGGUGUGGAACGACAACGAGGCGCUGACGGUGGGCCCGCGCGGGCCGAUCCUGCUGGAGGACUACCACCUGAUCGAGAAGGUGGCGCACUUCGCCCGGGAGCGCAUCCCGGAGCGCGUCGUCCACGCGCGCGGCGCCUCCGCCAAGGGCUUCUUCGAGUGCACCCACGACGUGGCGUCGCUGACCUGCGCCGACUUCCUCCGCUCCCCGGGCGUCCGGACCCCCGUCAUCGUCCGCUUCUCCACGGUGAUCCACGAGCGCGGCUCGCCGGAGACGAUCCGCGACCCGCGCGGGUUCGCCGUCAAGUUCUACACCAGGGAGGGCAACUGGGACCUCCUGGGCAACAACUUCCCCGUCUUCUUCAUCCGCGACGGGAUCAAGUUCCCCGACGUGAUCCACGCGUUCAAGCCCAACCCGAGAUCGCAUGUGCAGGAGUACUGGCGCGUGUUCGAUUUUUUGUCGCAUCUCCCCGAGAGCCUCCACACCUUCUUCUUCCUCUUCGACGACGUCGGCGUGCCGACGGACUACCGCCACAUGGAAGGCUUCGGCGUCAACACCUACACCUUCGUCAACGCCGCCGGCAAGUCCCACUACGUCAAGUUCCACUGGAAGCCGACGUGCGGCGUCCGGAGCAUCCUCACCGACGAGGAAGCGGCGUUGGUCGGCGGGAGGAACCACAGCCACGCCACGCAGGACCUCUACGACUCCAUCGCCGCCGGCAGCUUCCCGGAGUGGAAGCUGUUCGUGCAGGUGAUGGACCCGGACACGGAGGACCAGUACGAUUUCGACCCGCUCGACGACACCAAGACAUGGCCGGAGGAUCUGCUGCCACUCCAGCCCGUGGGGAGGCUGGUGCUGGACAAGAACGUGGACAAUUUCUUCAACGAGAACGAGCAGCUGGCGUUCGGACCGGGGCUGGUGGUGCCGGGGAUCUACUACUCCGACGACAAGAUGCUGCAGUGCCGGGUGUUCGCGUACGCCGACACGCAGCGCUACAGGCUGGGGCCCAACUACCUGAUGCUCCCGGUGAACGCGCCGCGAUGCGCGCACCAUAACAACCACUACGACGGCGCCAUGAACUUCAUGCACCGGGACGAGGAGGUGGACUACUACCCGUCCAGGCACGCGCCGCUCCGGCAGGCGCCGCCGGUGCCGAUCCCGGCGAGGCCGGUGGUGGGGAAGAGGCAGAAGGAGACCAUACGGAAGCCGAAUGAUUUCAAGCAGCCUGGGGAGAGGUACCGGAGCUGGGACGCCGAUCGGCAGGAGAGGUUUGUGCGGCGGUUUGCUGACUCGCUGGGGCAUCCAAAGGUUAGCCAGGAGCUCAGGUCCAUCUGGAUCGACCUCCUCUCAAAGUGCGACGCAUCGCUGGGGAUGAAGAUUGCCACACGGCUCAACAUGAAGCCAAACAUGUGAGUGAUAUGAUGGCGAGGAUGGAGCUGCAGCUGGCUGCUACUGCUACUGCUAGUAGUGAACGAAGUGAAUAUGAAUAAGAGUGUGGUUGAGUGAGGCGUGUCCGAGUUGUUCUUCAGUACUAAUCGUCCACCGCCGUUCGUCUUUCGUCCUUUCCUUACCUUGUCAUUGUCGUCAAGUCAAGAAUCAAGAAAUAAGAAGAGCAGCAUGAGCAUGAGACAUACGUAUACAUGUCAAGAGCUAGUAGACUACGACAAAACUGCACAUGCGCAUCAGAUGGAUGCAUAUCCUCAGCCCAAACUAUAGUCCGUGUACGCGUGUCCGGAUUUGUCUGUAACAAUGCAAGCCAAGCGAAAUGGCUCUCUGUUUUCGUUAUCAUUACAUGCAUGUACCUUGCUACCUGAACCUGAAUAUGUAUCGAGUUAUCAAAUAAAAGCAGCAAAAGUUAUAUUGCAUCA